UUAUUUUAUAAAGGAAAAAAAAUAACUCCAAACAUUAUUUGAAUCACGCGUUCUUUAGUGAAAACAUGGAUAUUUUAUUUCGUUUGCGUGGGCAGUUAGUUCUGCUAUUUCCAUUUGUAAUAAAUCUUUCACAUUGUGAUGUCUCGCAUCAGUUGUGGAUAUACAAACCGGAACUGGAGAAUAUGACUGCAUCAUCAGGAUAUAGAGUCAGGACUCGAUCAUCUGUAGGGUGUGGCCGCACGUGCUCUAUAAAUGACACGUGCAUCUCCUUCUUCGUUAUGCCAACAGAACAGCUAAACUGUCAGUUACACGACACUGUGUUGGAUGCCACAGAUGGGUUAUCGUACGUGCAGAAAUCAUAUUACUAUGUGCUUGGUGGAGCCGGAAUAACAUCAACUACACCAAUCCCGACUGCGCAACCUUUCUCGUGCCCUCCCGAUGAUACUAUUUUUAGAACAGUACAGUUGUCUGACGGAGAGCUCUUCACUUACAAGGUUGUUAAGGUACUGGAAACUCAGUCAAACGCUAUUGCGGGAUGCGCAAGUCAAGGUGGAUUCCUGUCUCGCGUGAAAACCGUGGCCAAGAUGAACAUGCUUCUAGAUCUUGUCAGGAAUUGUACAGGUUACAGUGGAGAAGAGUAUUAUGUUGAUGGAAGCAACGCUAGUGCUGAUGAUUGGUAUGCCCCGGGAGCCUGGACGUUUGUUGAUGGAGAACCUGUACCCAUGACGAGUGACUUUUGGGGAUCAACCUAUCCAAAUGAUCCACACGUUCAACAUUGCUUACGCAUGCAAAUGAGCGCUGCAAAUUACAAGUUUGAUGACAUAAGCUGUACUGAACAACGCUACUAUAUUUGUGAAAAAUAGACACGUGGCGGUCUAGAGCGUUACUAUAUUUUUGAAACACGUGACUAUCCUUACUAGUGCAUGCUCUUAAAAAAGACAGAUAAUUCUAAUUAUUAGCGUUACUACACUUUAAUAAAGAAACAAGACGAAAGAAUUUUGAUCUUAUAAUGUUAACAUGUACAUCCUUUUAAAAAUACAAAUUCAAAAGUCAUCUUAUGAACAGUAUUUAAUUUUUUUAUUAUUUUUUUUAUUAUGUUUUUACAUAUUUCGGCUUAGGAUUUUAAAUUAUUUGCUAAUAUCUUUUUACAAUUUUUAAUCCUAGCUGUAAACAGGAGUGUCAUUAAAUCAAGAUUUGACUGUGAUUAAGAGGUUAAUACACGG